AUGUUUUUGACGGAGUAUGACAAUUUAUCUCAUGUCCGUCCCAUUAAAUCGCGCCCAGAGCAUCUUUUAUGGACAUUAUUGCAUUUGAAGCAUUAUGCUACUGAACACAUAAGUUCUGCUCUAGUUGGAGUGACGGAAAAAACAUUUCGGAAGUGGUGCCAUAUUUUCAUUCGCCUUCUCGCAAAAAUGCCAGUGAUUGAAUGGGAGAAUCGUUUCCAUAGAGCCCUUAGAGGCUCCAACAUUCUGGUAUCUAUUGAUGGAGUAGAUUUCAGAAUCAUGGAGCCAUCGCCAUUCAACCCCAAAUGGUACUCCCAUAAAUUUCAUGGUCCCGGUCUUAGAUACGAACUAGCCAUUUGUAUCCGAACCGGAGACAUUGUUUGGGCUUACGGCGGACUUCCCUGUGGCGAAUGGUCAGAUCUUAGGCUAGCCCGAGAUGUCUUUAUUUUUGGUCUUAGAGAAGGAGAGAAAGCCAUUGCCGAUCGCGGUUACAACGACCCAAAUUUUUUUGAUUUCCCUAACGGAAACAAUGAUGGGAAGAAAAAAACAGGUUUUAGCAAGGCACGAAACCUUGAACCGACAAUAAAAGCAAUUUGACUGCUUACAACAAAGAUUCCGCCAUGAUCUGUAUUUGCAUCCCCUUUAUUUCCAUUCUGUAGUAAAUCUAACGCAAAUGAUGAUUGAUCAUGGUGAAACAUUGUA